AUGACAGUCGGAAAAGCUCAAGAAGAAAAUACAUUUAAGGCCAUGUUUCGUCGCUUCUUGCGCGACACCGUUUCUUGUGCUGGUUGUUCUCGGAUUAUCCAGUCUCAAAGUCGACUACGCUCAUUUAUUUGGACCUGCAUCGUUCUUUGUAGCCUCAGUUGUUUGGUUUACCAAAACUGGAAAUGUGUUAGAGAAUACUUGAAGUACCCGAAAGUAAUAAAGAUGGAGGUUCUCUCAUCCAGGAACUUGCAGUUUCCAGGGGUGACAAUCUGUGAUAUGAACCCUCUUCCCAAAUCAGAGUUAAAGAACAUGCAAAAUAGACGACUUAUAGAGGAAGUCAGAAAGUUUAUCAGUAGCUGUCACAGAAAAAGGUUGCUCUCCAGCCAGUCGAAAACAAGUAUAACGAAGAAAAUGUGUACAGAACAUGCCUUGUGUACCUGGCUGUCGACCGAAAGGCAAUGUAUUUGUACACCAGAUUUAUGCAACUCUUCGAAAUGUAGACUAGAAAUAGACAAAGGAAAGGUGUACUGUUUCUGUGAUGAAACCUUAUGUGGCGAUACGAUUGCGUUAAAGCUGGAAGACGAAGGUUAUAGUUGCGGAUGGCAAAAGAUUGGCUUAGAAUGGAAAUGUGUAUGUAACACCACUGGUGAACAGUACGAUUCAGGAGAGCUAGGUCUUACCCAUUCCACAAUAGAAUCAAUCCAUUAUGGUAAAAACAUCACUGAUACUGAAGAAUCAGAAAAAUAUAUUCACGGUUUUCAUAAAGUGUUUAGAAAUCCCCAACAUUUUUUACAAGCAAUUAGACUUUCUAAAACCUAUGACCUAAGUGACUUGGGAAUGAUUCUUCUUCCUUCCAGAGAAGACAUAGAAAAUUAUGGACUUCGUUUCAAAGACUUUAUUCUAUCUUGCAGUUUCAACGGAGAAAGUUGUUUAGAUUCCAGAUCUAACUGGCCUUUCACUAGGAUGCAAGUUAGAAAAAAAAGACUCCAGCUUCUUCUGAAAGGCGAUAGAACAGAAUAUAUGGAUUUGUACAGUCGUCAAAUCGGUAUUCGAGUUGCUAUUCACGACCCUGGCGACAUUCCGCAGAUGACCGAUUCUGGAAUUAACAUCAAGUACAAUGACCUGACGACCUUGGAAUUGAAGUAUUUAAAUGUGCAUAAACUUGGAGAACCCUGGGGAAAAUGUCAUAACGAUUUUUCACAGUUAGGGUUUGGAGAAAAUCUUGGCAAAUAUACGUUAGAAUGGGAAACUUUACUAUCCAAUAUUGGAGGAAACAUGGGCCUGCUCGUGGGGAUGUCUGCCAUAACUGUAGUCGAAUGCGUUGAAUUUUUGUGGGACGUUCUACGUUUCGUCUUGGGAUUUCCUCAACGUAUACACACCAAACAAGUGAAGGCUUUUCCACAAAAGAGCUCCACACAGGUUAACCAUGUGGGGAUCUGCACAUGUAGUAGCUCCACAUAG